AGGCUCCUCAAAAUUUUAAAAUUCUUCCAUGAUCCCGCUCUUCUUUCCUACUACUAUUUCUUAAUCACUCUCUCAAUGUUAGUGGGGGAGAUCUGAUUCUUCUCCCGUCCCGACAUCCUCUUUUUCUCUCACAAAUACAUACUCCCCUAACAUGUCGAUUCGUCAGGAGAAAGAGAAGGGAGUAAAUGUGCAGGUCCUCUUGCGUUGCAGGCCGUUCAGCGACGACGAGUUGCGAAACAAUGCUCCGCAGGUCGUCUCCUGCAAUGAUUACCAGAGAGAGGUGUCGGUUUCACAGAACAUCGCCGGAAAGCAUAUUGAUAGAGUCUUUACAUUUGAUAAGGUCUUUGGUCCUAAUGCCCAACAAAAGGAUCUUUAUGAGCAAGCAGUUAUCCCAAUAGUGAAUGAAGUUUUGGAAGGUUUUAACUGUACGAUAUUUGCAUAUGGACAAACUGGCACAGGAAAAACAUAUACAAUGGAAGGUGAAUGUAAGAGAUCUAAGGGGAGUGGAGAAUUGCCACAAGGAGCGGGAGUUAUACCCAGAGCAGUAAAACAAAUUUUUGAUACAUUAGAGGGUCAAAACGCGGAAUACAGUGUAAAAGUCACAUUCUUGGAACUGUAUAAUGAAGAAAUCACUGACUUGCUUGCCCAUGAUGAUUUGUCUAAAGUUGCCUUGGAGGACAAGCAGAAGAAGCAGUUGCCACUAAUGGAGGAUGGGAAGGGAGGUGUUCUUGUCAGAGGAUUAGAAGAGGAAAUUGUGGCAAAUACUAGUGAGAUUUUCUCUUUACUUGAAAGGGGAUCAGCUAAGCGUCGAACUGCAGAGACCCUACUUAACAAACAAUCAAGUCGAUCACAUUCUCUCUUUUCCAUAACGAUACAUAUAAAGGAAGCAACACCUGAAGGCGAAGAACUAAUAAAAUGUGGCAAGUUGAAUUUGGUUGAUUUGGCUGGUUCAGAGAACAUAUCUCGUUCUGGUGCAAGGGAGGGAAGAGCAAGAGAGGCUGGCGAAAUAAAUAAAAGUUUGCUGACACUGGGACGAGUAAUUAAUGCUCUUGUCGAGCAUCUUGGACAUGUUCCUUAUAGGGAUAGUAAGCUGACUCGCUUACUUCGUGAUUCAUUGGGUGGGAGAACGAAGACAUGUAUUAUUGCUACUGUUUCACCAGCAGUGCACUGUCUUGAGGAAACCCUUAGCACAUUGGAUUAUGCUCACAGGGCUAAGCACAUAAGGAAUAAACCUGAGGUGAAUCAGAAAAUGAUGAAAUCAACUCUUAUUAAGGAUCUCUAUGGAGAAAUAGAGCGACUUAAAGCAGAGGUUUAUGCUUCAAGGGAGAAGAAUGGGGUGUACAUCCCUAAGGAGCGAUACUAUCAGGAGGAGAGUGAGAGGAAGGCAAUGGCCGAUCAGAUUGAACAAAUGGGAGUGACAAUAGAAAACCAUCAGAAGCAAAUAGAGGAACUGCAAAGUAAAUAUGAACAUCAGAUUGAAAAAUGUUCUGAUUUGAGCAAAAAGCUCGAUGCCACUCAAAAAGACCUGAACCAAACUAGCAAGUCGCUGGCAAAUGCCAAGGAAGAAUUAAAACAAUGCCAAUAUUGCCUCAAGGAGCGGGAUUUUAUCAUAUCUGAGCAAAAAAAAUCUGUAAAUGCUCUGGCGCAUCAAGCUUGUGUCUUACGGGCUGAUUUGGAGAAAUCACAGAAGGACAACGCCUCUCUAUUUCUUAAAAUUGCCAGAGAGGACAAACUGAAUUCUGAUAACAGAUCAACUUUGGAUAAUUUUCAAGCUGAUCUUUCCAAGCAGCUUGAUACCCUUUGCAAUUUGUUGGCUGGUUCUACAUCUCGACAAUGUAAAUACCUCCAGUGCGUUGAGGAUCUGAGUAAUUCUUUUCUUGAAGCGCACAAUAAGGGUGCUUUAGAACUAAAGAAGAAAGUAAGUGCUUCAAGGGCUUUGUGUGUCUCUCAUUUUGAGGCUGUUCAAAAUGUGGUGAGGCUGCACAAAGCUGGCAGUAAUGCUGCUUUGGAUGAGCUGUCAGCUCUAGCUUCUUCUAACUCACAUUCUAUAGGAGAAUUUUUAGCUGCAGAGGAUGUUGAAAUGAAUUCAGUUUUUGAUGAUCUUCAACAAACUUUAUCAAGUCAUCAAGGGGAAAUGGUUGACUUAGCAAGAGAGCUUAGACAGAGAUUUAAUGCUAGCAAGGAGCACAUGAUGAAUACCUCAGAAUCUCUUCACGAAUUUAUUGAAAAACUUUCUGAAGAAUCAAAAAGGCUUGGAAGUCAUGCAACUAAAGUUGAUGAAGUUCAGACAAAGUGCAUUACUGAAUUUUCCAAAGCUUAUGAGGAACAGUCCAGAUCAGAUGCUCAGAAGCUUAUUGCUGAUGUGACCACCUUAGUUUCUGAUUGCAUGCGUAGACAGAAAGAGAUGGUGGAUGCAAGGCUUGGUGAUCUUAAUGACAGUGUAAUAGGGAAUAAGAUGUUUUUGGAUGGAUAUGUUUCAACAGUCGAUGGCAUUACUUCGGAUUUGAAAAGAAAAUGGGAGGAUUCCUUUACACAAGCAGAAAGUAACCUCAAUGAUAAUGCUGAUUUUUCUGCAGCUAAGCAUUGUCGUAUGGAGUUACUUUUGCAGAAGGGUGCAAACACUGGUGAAGCAGCUUUGGAAAUGUGGCAAAGAAGCAGACAAUUAUUGAUUGACAGGGGCAGUCAGCAUGCCACAACAAUUGCUUUGCAUGUUAGGAGUAUCAGUGAGAGCAAUGAACUACACGAUGUUGAGAUUGAAUCUGCGAGAGUUACAGUUGAAAAGGAUGCCCAAGAGAGUUGCAAAGAUAUCAUUCGUUGCUUUGAUGGCAUGUCAGAAGAAGAGAGAGCAUCCGUUUCUGAAAUUUCUGCAACUACUAGAGCUCAUUCAGAAACAGUAGAUAAUCUUAAGAGAGACCAUUCUGAGCAGGCAGCUUCUAUCGAACAAUGUGCUACUAAUACUUUCACACAGAAAUAUCUGGAUUACGAGCCAACGGGGUCGACUCCUAUAAGGUGUGAGCCAGACAUUCCCAGCAAGAGCACGAUUGAAUCACUUCGCACAAUGCCUAUGGAGACCCUUCGAGAAGAAUUUCGAGAAAACCAUUCAUUUGAAUCAUUUGUAGUGAAGGAAGUGAAGAUCCAAGCUCCUCGUUCUCCGCUUUCGCAGAUCAACUAGCAACUCAUGUGUUGCUUGUUGGGCUCUACAGUUGCCUAAUUUGUGUUUGUUAGUUGUCACACAUAGCUUACUAAUACCAGAGGAAGAUAAAAGUCAAAUUGUUGAAGUUUAGUUAAUUCAGAGUUUUAGGUCCAGAAAUGUUGUAGCUUCAUCAAAUUUAGAUGAAUCCCUUCUUGAUAUAUAUCUAUUAUAGAUUGUAAGAUUCUGACUCCAUUACGACUUGUUUUUAUAUAUAAAAAAAAGCAAAAAAAAUCAAUGAAUAGAAAUUAAUGUUCUUUUUUCA